AUGACUUACUUCACCGCAUUUACCUCAGGGUAUCUACCCAUCCUAGGUCUCUCGUUUGCUUCACUUUAUCUCAUAUACCUCGGUGCAACAGUCAUCUACAAUCUCUAUUUCCAUCCACUUUCAAAAUUCCCUGGGCCAGCAUCACGAACAGGAGUUCAUGCUGGUGACUACUGGGAGCUUUACAAAGGAAGUCAUCCCCAAAGUGUGAAGGCGCUCCAUGAGAAGUAUGGAGAUGUUGUGAGAAUUCGACCUGAUAGCUUGACGUUCGAUACCGCGGCAGCAUGGAAAGAUAUCUAUGGCAUGCGUCCCGGUAAGAGCCAGCUGCAAAAGGACCCACAGUUUUAUAGGAUUACUGGCGGGACGAAAACGGAUAUUAUAUUCUCGAACGAUGCAGACCAUGCACGUAUGCGCAAGCUGUUAUCCCACGCUUUCUCAGACUCAGCACUACGGCAGCAAGAGGAUCUGCUCACGCCUUACUUUGAGCUCCUCGUGUCGCGUCUGAAAGACCAGAUUGACGGACCCAACAAAGGCAAGGUCGAUAUCAAGAACUGGUACAACUUCCUGACGUUCGACAUCAUUGGCGACAUGUCAUUCGGGGAGUCUUUCCAUGCCCUGGAAGCCGGUGAAUAUCACAAAUGGAUGGCGAAUCUGUUCAAUGGUAUAAAGUAUGGACGGAUCAUGGCCAUUGCGUCGUUCUAUCAACCAGCUAAGCUGUUCUUGACUGCGCUUGUGAAGUUUGUGCCUGCAAUCGCCAAAGCGAGAGAAGAGCAUCUUUCAUUUUGCAAAAAGAAGACGGAGGCGAGGCUGGAUAUGAAAACUGAUCGGAAGGAUUUCAUGUCCUAUAUCCUCCGCCACAACGAUGAGAAAGGAAUGAGCAGGGAGGAAUUGAUGAGUACAUCUGAGCUUCUCAUCAUUGCAGGGUCUGAAACCACAGCGACUCUUCUCAGCGGAUUGACAUACUUCCUCCUCCAGAACCCUAAAGUCUACGCGAAAGUCAAAGAAGAAACCCGAUCGGCUUUCCAGUCUUCUGAGGAGAUCACCUUGACCUCCACAGGGCAGCUUCCAUACUUGCAAGCUUGCAUCGAAGAAGCAUUGAGAAUGUACCCACCAGUGCCUAUCGCCCUUCCACGACGAACGAAGCCUGAGGGAGAUGUGAUAGGAGGUGUCUUUGUACCUGGAAAUACAUCAGUAGCAGUCUCCCAGCUCUCAACCUACUGUUCUACAGCAAACUUCCACGAACCUGAGCGCUUCGUACCCGAAUGCUGGCUACUUAACCCACCAGAAGAGUUCAACAGAGAUGUCAAAGAAUCCCUGAAUCCGUUCUCAACAGGACCUAGGAAUUGCAUUGGCAAGAACCUUGCAUACAACGAGAUGCGUUCAGUAAUGGCACGCAUUUUGUGGCAUUUCGACAUGCGGCUCUGGGAUGAGACUCAGGCUUGGAUGGACCAGAAAGUCUACUUUAUGUGGGAGAAGCCGGCGUUGCAUGUGGUUCUUUCGCAUCGUGCGGAUAGGUCUUCGAUCUGA